AUGGCCACCGACAAGAUUGUUGAGGGCGUUUUCGCCAUUAACAAGCCCGUUGGUAUGAGCUCUGCUCAGAUUAUCCGCGACUGCCAGCAUCAAUUCAACCCAUCCGCCCUCUUCGCGCCUCUCCUUAAACAAGAGCAAGCAUUGCGCGACAAGGAGUCCCGCUACCAGAAACACCGGCGCGGCAAGGCAAAGCGAGCUCUUCAAGUCAAGAUGGGUCACGGGGGCACCCUCGACCCGCUCGCCACGGGCGUGCUAAUCCUCGGCGUCGGUAAGGGCACCAAUACGCCCGCGAGGGCAAACCCAUUCCGCGCGAGAUCGAGACACGAGAGGUCGAAGUCGCCGAGCUGGAUUUGGUCGAAUGGAGAGAUGCUUGGGUGCGGCGCCAUGAUGGCCGAGCUGAGCCGCACGCGGCAGGGGCAGUUUGCUAUCGGCGGCGAAAACUGCCUGCAGUACGACGAGUUAUUCCAGGGGGAGGAUGUUUGGGGCCCCAAGGUAGAUCGUAUGCUGGAUUUGUGGAAUAACCCGAACACAGAACAAGCCAAGCCCAAGGUGGGUGACGCGGUGAGCUCGCCAGCAGAGGCGAAUGAAACGAGCAAACCGGCGGCCAAGGGCAAUGAUUCCCAAGAAGACAAGCUCGCCAGCGAGAGCAAGCCGGCGGAGGACGCCAAAACAACGGAGACGGCCCCUAAAUCGGAGCCGGCCAGUGAUUCAGUAACGACGAAAGAGGAGCAAACCGCUGCGGCGAGUGCGUAG